AUGGAAGCCUUUCGGUAUGCGAUUGAUGAUUGUGGUCUGGUGGAGUUAGGGUGUAAUAGUAAUCUUUUCACUUGGGAUAGUGACCGAACGAGGGUUAAUAAUAUAAAGCAACGUUUGGACAGAUUUCUUGCUACCUCGGAGUGGAAAGACUUGUGCUCGGAUGUUACUAUUUCUCACCUGGUUCGUAUCUCAUCUGAUCAUUGCCCCAUUUUUCUGAACACUGAUGGCAGUAAGAGAAAGGAGGGUAAAAGAAAGAUCUUUCAAUUUGAAGCUAUGUUCCUGAACCACCAAGAUUGUUGUGAGGUCAUGAAAGAUAGCUCCUGUGCUUCAAGCUUGGCGAAUUGGAACUAUGAAACUUUUGGUAACAUCUAUAAGCAGAAGAGAUCUUUAUCUAAACAGCUGGAGCAUUUUCAAACUCUUCCCAACAUAGACCGAGUAGCAGCGAGGACAAGAGCUGCCAAUAGUGAGCUGAACGAAAUCCUUAAAACGGAGGAAAUAAUGUGGCGGCAAAGAUCCAGAGCGGUAAAUCAUUUUUGCUCAACGUCCCCACCGGUUUGUGCCCGCACAUUGUCUGCCCUAUAUACUGCUGUUACAGCCCUUGAUGUAGACUUGUUGUCUGCCCCAUUUGUUGCUGAAAAAGUUCUUUAUGCUCUGAAGCAAAUGCACCCAAAUAAGCCUCCAAGCUCUGAUGGUAUGUCCGCUAUGUUUUUUUUUAUCAAGUUUUGGAAUGUGGUUGGAAGAGAUGUAACUGAUCUUGUGCUUAAGUUCUUGGAAUCAGGGAUUAUGCCGCCGAAUCUCAAUCAUACUUUUAUUACUCUGAUUCCGAAAAUUAAAGCUCCUGAAACAAUGAAAAACCUCCACACAAUUAGUUUGUGUAACGUGGUGUAUAAGUUGAUUUCAAAGGUGCUUGCGAAUCGAAUGACAAAGGUUCUCCCAAAUCUUAUUCAUGAAUCUCAGAGUGCGUUUAUCCCGGGGAGGUUGACUACAGAUAAUGCUAUCAUUGCUUUUGAGGUUUUCCAUUCUAUGAAGGAUAGAAUCAAAAGCAAAAAAGGAGUCGCGGCGCUGAAGUUAGAUAUGAGUAAAGUGUACGAUGAGGUGAAGGAAUUUAUUCAACCAUCUAGAGGGAUCAGACAAAGCGACCCUGUAUCGCCUUACUUGUUUAUCUUGUGCACUGAAGGUUUGCCGGCGCUGAUUAGCCCUAGUGUUUCCCAUUUGCUUUUUGCCGACGAUUGCAUUCUCUUCUCAAGAGCGACAAUGGAAGAGUGCCAAGUAAUUCGUGAUAUCAUGCGGGUUCUCAAAGAGGAAUCGAGACAACAAGUUAAUUUAUCUAAAUUAAAAAUCUCCUUUAGUUCAAAGGUCCCAACGGAGAGAAGGAUUGGGAUUAAAAAUCUGUUGCAGAUCAAAGAAGUCGGGCACCUCCCAAAAUACUUAGGUUUACCUACGGUUAUUGGUAAAUCUAAAAAGUUUAUCUUUGGGUCGCUAAAAGAAAGUAUAUGGAAGAAACUCAAGGGUUGGAAGGAGAAGCCUUUAUCCAUGCCGGGAAAUAAUGAAUAUCGGAAUAAAGUGCAUUGGCUCAGCCGGAAUAGACUUUGUGUUCAGAAGUCUGAAGGUGGUUUGGGUUUUCGUAAUUUCCACUCUUUCAAUGUCGCUUUGCUUGCUAAGAAAACUUGGAGACUGUUUACUUCCUCUGAUUCGCUGUGUGCUAGAAUCAUUAAAGCAAAGUAUCAUGCUCAGAGUGGUAUUUUGGGUGCUGGAGAUGGGUAUUCGUCGAGUUAUUUGUGGCACAGUUUGCGUGCUUCCUUUGAUUUUAUCAAUUCUGGUAAGUGUUGGAGAAUUGGGAAUGGGGAAUCAAUGAAGGUAUGGAAGGAUAGGUGGAUCUGUGGGGAUCCUAUGACUAAGCCGCUAGUAGUGAAGAAUUUGCCCAUUGAUGCGACUGUCGGUUGCCUUAUUGACCAUGCUUCGCAAAAUUGGAAAUGGGAUGUAAUUGAAGGCUCUUUUCUUUCUUUUGAAUCUGAAAAUAUUGUUAAGAUGGUUCUCAGUUAUAGAAUGCCAGCUGAUAAAUUCAAUGAAAGGGAUAGUGGAGCAUCAGCAUAUUCAAGUUCUGAUAUAUGGAAAAAGGUGUGGAAAUUACAGAUUAUGCCUAAGGUGAAAAAUUUUCUUUGGCGCAUUUUAAAGAGUGUUCUCCCUUGCUUACAAGUGCUGGAUAAUGGAGGUAAUAGUGUGGAUGUGAUCUACCCUCGAUGUAGUUUGAAUUCUGAGUCAAUAUUGCAUGUUUUAAAGGAGUGUGACCGGGGAAGAGGAGUAUGGUUGUCUUCUCACCUUGUAUUGCAGGUUGAAAGUUCUCCAGCUAUGAACAUUUUUGUUUGGAUUGAGAGUUUGAUGAAAAUUCUGAGCAAAGAUGAUUUUGCAUUUUCUGUCAUCUUAAUAUGGCAGCUCUGGUUUUCUCGUAAUAUGCUAGUCUAUAGGGGGGAGAUGGAUUCAGUGGAUAUGUUGGUGAAUAGAUGCCAGAAUAGUGUGUUGCAGCAAGAAUUAACUUAG